CAUUGUUGAGUUGAGGAUAGCUACUUUUGGUCUGGUCCAGCAGCGUAGAGACAUGGCUGCUCUUAGUAAGAUACCGCACAGUUGCUACGAAAUUGGACACACUUGGAAUCCGUCAUGUGUCCAUUCUACCUUGGACAUAACUGCAGGGGCUCUGGAGGUCUCUUUUAAAAUAUAUGCACCGCUAUAUCUGAUUGCAGCCAUCCUUAGGAGAAGGAAGAAGGAGUACUACAUGAAGAGACUGCUUCCCGAGAUCCUCCAGUCCACCUCUUUCCUCACAGCCAACGGAGGCCUUUACAUUGCCUUCUUCUGCAUUCUCAGGAAACUAUUUGGUGGGUUCUACUCAUGGACGGCAGGGUUUGGAGCCGCGUUACCGGCGUCUUACAUCGCUAUCCUUUUGGAGCGGAAGAGCAGGAGAGGGUUGCUGACAAUAUACAUGACAAACCUGGCCACCGAGACAAUCUUCCGCAUGGCCGUGACACGAGGCAUCGUCAACCCACUCAAACACGGAGAGGUUCUCCUGUUCUGCAUGACCGCAUCGCUCUACAUGUUCUUCUUCAGGUGUAAAGACGGGCUCAAGGGCUUUGCUUUCUCAGCACUCAAGUUCAUCGUGGGGAAGGAGGAGAUCCCGAACCACUCGGCCCUGACGGCGAGCGCCUGCCCUGACCCUCCUGAGACCAGGGUCGCCGCGGAGAUGGAGGGGUCACAGGGGUCACAGACGGGAAGCCCCGAUCCCAGUAGGAGAUCGGGGCUGCUUGCCCUCACGAGACGGCUGCUAGAAUCUGUAUGCAAGCAUGGUCCCAGACAUAGAUGUUGUAAACAUUAUCAGGAAAACUGCAUCGCCUACUGUAUCAAGGGCUUCGUCCGUAUGUUCAGCGUGGGCUACCUGAUCCAGUGUUGUCUGAAGGUUCCCUCAGCGUUCAGACAGGUGUUUACCAAACCCUCCCGCCUCCCCUCCCUGUUCUACAACAAAGAGAACUUUCAGCUCGGGGCCUUCCUGGGGUCCUUUGUCAGCAUAUACAAGGGAACGAGCUGCCUCCUGCGCUGGGUGCGUAACCUUGACGACGAGCUGCACGCCCUCAUUGCGGGGUUCCUGGCUGGCAUUUCCAUGUUCUUUUACAAAAGCACAUCGAUCUCGAUGUAUCUCUUCUCGAAGCUGGUCGAGACCAUGUACUUCAAGGGGAUCGAGUCCGGACGCUUCCCUUACUUCCCUCAUGCCGACACUUUCCUCUAUGCCGUCUCCACCGCCAUUUGCUUUCAGGCGGCGGUGAUGGAAGUCCAGAACCUCAGGCCUUCCUACUGGAAGUUUCUGCUGCGUCUCACCAAGGGCAGGUUUGCUCUGAUGAACCGGCAUGUUCUGGAUGCGUUUGGGACGCAGGCCUCCAGGGACUUUAAGGGCCUUGUGCCCAAACUGGACCCCCGCUACACAACCGUGCUCACCCAGACUCUAGCCCCGCCGGGGGGCGAUAUCACCCUGGGAUGAUGACCUGGAGACCAGGCUCAGGGACCAGGCAAAAAGGACCCAGCCUGGUGGAGGAGGAGGGGGGCUGGAGCUGGUCAGACCUAACCCCCCCCCCCCCCCCCCCCCCACUCCCUUUAUCCAUGUGAAGCAGGCAGCCUGGCUGUCCGGAUCUAUAUGACAGCAUGGGCUUAAGUAAUCCAUACAUUGUCAUAGCAGCACUUAAACGGACAUGAGUGAUUAUAUUGUGUGAUUGAUUGGGGGAGGGGGAGGGAGAGGUUGGAAUAUGCCAUGGGGCUGUUUGGGGUAGGUGGGGACUAGCAGGCCAGAGGGAGUCUGGGAGAUGGAGUUUUCCUUGCUUUUGACAUGAAGAGUGGGCCUAACCAUGACAUGGGGGAACUGGUGCAUCACCGUAGGAUGUGGAGUGACAUCACGUGAUUAGGUAGUCGAUGUAACCGUUUUAGUUUUAACGGUUGAGUGAAGUUCGGCUGCCUGCGUUCCCGCGGUAACCAAUCCUCUCUGACAGACAGGGGUCUAACAGUCGUUCUGGUGAACGUAGAUCAGCAUUUCAUCUCUCACAUGAAUCGGCAACACUCGACCAAUGUUUUGAAUUUGGCCACACAGUGUGUGUGUGUGGGGGGGGGGGGGGGGGGCCACGACUUGUAAUGACUUGUAAUGCUCUACCUCGUCAGAUGUCCCAAGCUACUGGAGAGAUUACAACCAGAUAGUACAGUAAUUCCACAUCCCAAAUCAAGCCCUAAACCCCUAAUCCCUUGGGCCGGACACUUUUGGAGAUUUGAGAGGAUUGGACAGGUGAUCGUAGAGUGGAACGUCCAACCAGCGGGGCGGGAGGAUCCGCCCCUCGUACACCUCUCUGAUCCCCCUCGCCUCUCUACAAGUGCUCAUGGGAUAGCCGGAGGUCAGGGAUUCGUUUGGGACGACGGCAUCCUAGCCCUGUAGAAUGUGCCGCUGUGUGUGUUAGACCUGGCUUCGUGUGUUUUACAUUGAAAGGGCGCCCUGUUGUGCAUUGACGUCAGGUUUCCGGUCGUCAACCCAGCUUUACAAACACUCCCAACCUCCACGUCUCCCUGUUCAGAGGGAGGCCGUGAUUGUGAAGAGAUGCCAUCUAACCGAAAUCCCCCGUGUAGAACGUAGCAGAAAUCGUUUUUAAAUCUAGCAAUAUUAUCAGCUAUAUGUAUGAUACACAAUUAUAAUCAAAAGCGUAUACUGUGUGAAAUACCAGUAUGAAUGUUUGUAAAUGUAUGUAUAAAAA